AUGAAGUUGAUAGGUCUUGUUAUUCUAUUUCUGCUCUGCGCUGCGACGUGGGCUGAUGAGGUCAUCGAGGAAGUCGAUGUAUUACAGAAUAUUCCUGAUUUGAAUGGGAGCAACGAUUUACAACCGCUGCCAAUAUCCCUCUCAUACGAAUUUAAUAACAGAUACAUACUGUCGGUCGCUUUUAAGGUAAAUUGGUUUGAAGCUUCGGCAGCUUGUGCCUUAGCUGGUUACACUUUAGCCGCCAUUCCUACCCAAAGUGUGCAGAAUCGUAUUUAUAACGGAUUCGGCAAAUCGGGUUUCAGAAGCGUUCUAACCGAACCUGUUUGGACUUCUGGCACGAAUCAAGCAAAUAAUUUUCAAUGGAGUUGGUUUGCAACUGGUAAACCUUUCAGCUAUCGCAAUUUCCUUGAUCCUGCUGCAAUUUCCACAUAUCGUUGCAUGGGCGUUAAUGCCAAAACCGGUUACUGGAGCGCUGAAGAUUGCAAUGCGAAACGUUAUUUCCUGUGUGAAAAACGUUGUCCUUAAUCAAUCCUCAAUCAUAUUACUUAUUUCUUACAUUGCUGUAUUUACAAAGUAAUAAAGACUUUCUAAUUGCACUGUAA